AUGUCUCAAACUUAUUCUUAUAGAUUAACAAAAUAUGUUCACGUUCAGGAUAAAUUAGGUCCAAAUCAAACGGCUAAGCGUGCUAUAUGCAAAGCUUGUGAAAGCCAUAAACAUAUCUUUGAGAAGAGAAAAAAUGAAAGCCUUGAACUGUGGGAAUAUUGGAUCAAUGAAGAUCAAGAAUUAAUGAUGUAUGAACACUAUGAUAAAAGUAUGGUGCAUACUGCUGUUAGAUCAUUGAGACAAGCAAGAGAACAAAAUAAUAUAGCCAUAUCUAUUAUUUCAUCAGAUUCUAGAGUUUCAAGUAAUAAUACACGAAUGUCAGAAGCUUCCUCAAUUCUAUCACGUGCAAGUGAAAUUAUAUAUUCUAAGAAAAAAAAAAUAAAUUAUUCACUUGAUGCAUACGUUACUCGCCCUUAUCAACUAGCCAAAAGCAUGAAUUUAAUCGUCGUCUCCUACGCUUGGUGGUUCAAAAUAGGCUCUCAUUUCGAUUUAUCGAAUUAUGCAGAAAAAUUAGAAAAAGCCAAAGUUUCUAUUCUCUCUGAAUCACAAGAACCAGUUACAAUUAUGUUUGACAGUUGGAAGAAUGUGCGUUGUCAAGAAAUUCUGGGUGCCGUUAUUCUCUCUGUAUCAAAUCAGCUAUAUAUAUGGGGUGCUGAAGUUAUUAGCAAUUGUAGCCAAAAAACUUCUGAUGUAUUAAAUACAAUUCAUACUUUUUUUGAGCGUGCCAAUGAUCAGAAUCUUAACGUAGUAGCCAUGGUUAUAGAUAGUGCAUCAGCAUAUGCCUUUGCACGGCGCAAAAUACAAUUACAAAAAUAUGACAUUGUCUUUCUCCCAUGCUUUGCACACCAGGCCAACCUGUGUGUUGGUAAUAUCUUUAAAAUUUCAACUGAAUAUAGUCAAGCAAUAAAGAAUGCCAUUGGAAUCGCAUCAUAUUUUACUGAUAAAUGGCAUUCAAAUGCAAUAUCAUUACUUCGUGAUGAGCAGCAGAGA